ACCAGCCGGUACCGGGGCGGAGCAGGGCGGCCGAGCCUCUCGGGGCAUCCCUGGGGCGCGUCCCGGCCCCACCGACGCUGCCCGCCGCUCCGAGCCCAGCCCAGCCGCGCCGAGCCCAGUCGCCCCGGUGCCGCCGCCCUCCCCGGGGCGGGGAGGCGGGUCCCGCCGCGAUGCGGCUGCCCCUGCGCCGCCGCUGUCGCCCGCCCGCCGCCGCCGCUGCCUCCUGAGCGCCGCCGCAGUCAUGGAGCGGAGGGCGGAGGCGCCGCCGCCGCCACAGGGCCUGGACUUCACCGUGGAGAACGUGGAGAAGGCUCUCCAUCAGCUGUAUUACGACCCAAGCAUCGAGAACAAGAACUUGGCUCAGAAAUGGCUGAUGCAGGCUCAGGUCUCUCCCCAGGCCUGGCACUUCAGCUGGCUGCUUCUCAACAUGGACAAGGUGCCCGAGAUCCAGUACUUUGGUGCCAGCGCUCUCCACAUUAAAAUCUCCCGUUACUGGAAUGACAUCCCAGCUGACCAGUACGAGAGCCUCAAGUCGCAGCUCUUCACCCACAUCACCCGCUUUGCCAGCGGCUCCAAGAUCGUGCUGACCCGGCUGUGCGUGGCACUGGCCUCCCUGGCCCUCAGCAUGAUGCCAGAGGCUUGGCCCUGCGCCGUGGCAGACAUGGUGCGCAUGUUCCAGGCAGAGGACUCCAACGUGGACGGGCGAGCGCGGUGCCUGGCGCUGCUGGAGCUGCUGACGGUGCUGCCCGAGGAGUUUCAGACCAGCCGCCUCCCGCAGUACCGCAAGGGCCAGGUACGCAGCGUCCUGGCGCAGGAGUGUGGCUCUGUCUUCCCCUUGCUGGAGCAGCUGCUGCAGCAGCAGGACUCCCCGGGUUUCAUCAAGCAGAAGGUGUUGAAGUGUUUCUCCAGCUGGGUGCAGCUGGAGAUCCCACUGAUGGACUGUGAGAACCUGAUCCAGGCAGCGUUCACCUCCCUACAGGACCCGGAGCUCUUUGACACAGCGGUGGAGGCUGUUGUCAAUGCCAUUUCCCAGCCCGAUGCCCAGAGGUACGUGAACACCCUCCUGAAGCUCAUCCCCCCUGUGCUGGGGCUCCAAGAGCAGCUGCGCCAGGCGGUCCAGAGCGGGGACAUGGAGACAUCACAUGGGAUCUGUCGCAUCGCUGUGGCCUUGGGGGAGAACCACUCCCGGGCCCUCCUGGACCAGGUGGAGCACUGGCAGAGCUUUCUGGCCCUGGUCAACAUGAUCAUGUUCUGCACUGGCAUCCCUGGGCACUACCCUGUCAAUGAAACCACCAGCUCCUUGACGCUCACCUUCUGGUACACGCUGCAGGAUGAUAUCCUCUCCUUUGAGCCAGACAAGCAGGCAGUGUACCAGCAGGUCUAUAGGCCUGUCUACUUUCAGCUGGUGGAUGUGCUGCUGCACAAAGCCCAGUUCCCCUCCGAUGAAGAGUAUGGCUUCUGGUCUUCAGAUGAGAAAGAGCAGUUUCGGAUAUACAGGGUGGACAUCUCUGACACGCUGAUGUACGUGUAUGAGAUGCUGGGUGCUGAGCUCCUGAGCAGCCUCUAUGACAAACUGGGACGCCUCCUGACCAACACAGAGCAGCCAUCCACAUGGCAGCACACAGAGGCCUUGCUCUACGGCUUCCAGUCCAUCGCUGAGACCAUCGAUGUGAACUACUCCGAUGUGGUGCCGGGGCUGAUCGGCCUCAUUCCCCGGAUCAGCAUCAGCAACGUGCAGCUCGCCGACACCGUCAUGUUCACUAUCGGGGCCCUGUCGGAGUGGCUGGCUGAUCACCCCGUCAUGAUUAACAACGUGCUGCCACUGGUGCUCCAGGCCUUGGGCAACCCUGAGCUCUCCAUCUCUAGCGUCUCCACCCUGAAGAAGAUUUGCCGGGAGUGCAAGUACGACCUGCCGCCCUAUGCUGCCAACAUUGUUGCUGUGUCACAGGAGGUGUUGAUGAAGCAGAUUCACAAGACAAGCCAGUGCAUGUGGCUGAUGCAGGCUCUUGGUUUCCUGCUCUCUGCGCUGCAAGUGGAGGAGAUCUUGAAGAACCUGCACUCUCUGAUCACCCCCUACAUCCAGCAGCUGGAAAAGCUGGCUGAUGAAACGCCCAAUCCCUCCAACAAGCUGGCCAUCAUCCACAUCCUGGGCCUGCUCUCCAACUUGUUCACCACCCUAGACAUCAGCCACCAUGAUGAUGACCAUGAAAGCACUGAGGUCAAGAAGCUGCCAGUGCAGCAAGGACCCAACCCCGUGGUGGUGGUUCUGCAGCAAGUCUUCCAGCUCAUACAGAAGGUUCUCAGCAAGUGGCUGAAUGAUGCCCAAGUGGUGGAGUCUGUCUGUGCCAUCUUUGAGAAGUCCGUGAAGACCCUCCUGGAUGAUUUUGCCCCCAUGGUGCCCCAGCUGUGCGAGAUGCUGGGGCAGAUGUACAGCACCAUCCCUCAGGCCUCUGCCAUCGACCUCACCCGGCAGCUGGUUCACAUCUUUGCCCAUGAGCCUGCCCACUUCCCUCCCAUCAAGGCCCUCUUCUUGCUCGUUACCUCAGUCACGCUGACCCUCUUCCAGCAAGGGCCCAGGGAUCAUCCUGAUAUUGUUGAUUCAUUUAUGCAACUCCUGGCACAGCUUGCUCCUUCUGUGAAGCCCCUGGUGAAGUAAUGCAUCUUCCAGAGCCGCAGCAAGUUUGGACCCAACACUGUGUCAUGGUGGAGACUUUCCCACUUCCUUGACCACCUGCUCCUGUGGUUGAUCACCUUGGUGGAAAUACAAUCUUCCUUGUUUCAAAUCUGGCUUCUCCUUGCAGGCAGUGUUUUUGUCAUCUGUUUCUGCCAGCAAGUACUCUGCUACCUUCUGACAACUCAGAAGAAGCUCCUACCUCAUGAUACCUGCAUGUCAGCCUUCUGUCACCAGCUGACAGGGAGGCAUCUCUCUGUGUGACAGGUUUUCAGUUGACUUUACAGUAUAUUUAUUUGGGCUUGGUUGCAGCCUGUGGCACUGCCCAGUUGGUGUGGCUGAUCAUUUUGCCACCAUGUUAAUUGGCAAUCCCCUCUUGACAAUGGCUGGCUGACCACAAGAGCAUCCUGACCUAAACCAAGUGUCUUACAGAUGCUGGAGACACUGAGGUUACUGUUGCUACUCGAAGCUGAGUAUAGAAUAACCAGCUGCAUGGAGUGGUGCCAGCACAGUAGUGUGUGUGCUUCCCAUUGUGUGUAGGUUUUUAGGGCUCUCCAGCCUGUCACCCCAUUGGCACAUCUCCCCACCAUGGUCCUUGGGAGCACUGCGGUGACCUCCCCUGACCAGGAGCCCAGGGGCAGACUGGGCAAGUGCAGCCUUGCUGGGAGAAGAUGCAGGACUGACUGUCUGUGAUGGCCCAACCACCACUAUCUCCCACCUUCCUCCCUUCUUGGGCUGGUCCACGCUGCAUGCAGCAGUCUUUGAGCCCUCUCCACCAUGACUGCUCAAGCCAGAGUCACAGAGCCCCAUGGAGGAAAUGAGCUCAGCAUCCCCUUUUCCCUGCAGACAGGGGCUGACUGCUCCUCCCUGGCCCUGGUGCCUGACCAAGCUCAAGUGCCCUUUCCAAAGCUGGAGGCUCUGCUCCACCAGGCAUGUGGUCUGGGAAGAGGUGAUGGUGCUGAACACAAAUGCUUGAUCUGUGUGCUCUGGAGAGCUGCAGAAACUGGCUGUGCGGCCCCCCAUUGUCCCCAGUCUGCUGGAGGAGUGGGGUUUGGUGUCCCCUCCAUGCCUGCCUGCCUCUGAAGAGCCAGGCACAGAAGAGAAGUCUGCUUUGAAGACCUGUCUGGUGUUCUCCAAGCUGCUGUGGAGAAGAACUUCAUGUCCUUUCUGUGCCAGCCCUUGCCAGAGAACCAGUGCCUGCCUCUCCAGUGGAUGCUGCAGCAGAGGAUUUAAGAGGAUGUUUGAAAGCAUUUAAAGACCUGUUCCCAUCCCACAGCAUAUGAGCAGGGCUGCUUCUGCAGGAGAUGCAGAGGACAGGCUGGCAGUAAGGGGCCUCAGAGCUGCAGCAAGGUUGCUGGUGCUGGGAAAGAGCAGCUGGACCUACUUGGUGCCACUUGCUAAUGGGAGAAGCUCCACGGGGCCCCCAUUUCACCAGGGUAAAAAUAAUCUCUUUCUACAUUAGACAUGCACAUGUGCCCAAGUUGAGCUGGCACACUGUGCUCCCUUGGUGGAGGUGUCCUACAGGAUGGAGCCCUCCCAAACCAGGGCACGCUUUCCUCCAUGGCACUGAUGGAGCGAGCAGGUGCUCCAGCGAGCCUGCAGGAGAGCUUGGGGGCUGCCACAUGUCUGGUUUGGCUGGGAGAAGGAUCGUGCAGGUAGGUGGCAAAUGGAGCAUAUUGGAAGACCCUUGGGCCAUCAUGCAGGACACAGUUUAAAACCAAUUCCUUGUAUGGCAGGGUAGAGGAACCUGCAGCUUGGGUGGAAUCACGGGAGCCACCUGCCUUCAAGCAGCGUGCUGCUGGGGGAGAGGCUUGUAGUCACUGCUGUGGUGCCCAGACUGGGGCUGGGGCAGUGGGAUUAGUCCCCCGUGGUGAAAACUGCAAUAUCAAUGUGUCUUGCAAGCAUUGCCUGGUAUGGAGCCAACUAGAUAGUGGCAACCAUGAUAAGUGGAUGCAUUUCUAAACCAUUGCCCAAGCACUAGCUAGCCUUCUGGUGUUGGUGCCAGCACAUCAGGAAAGAUGGUGCACACAUGGACACAGGUACAGUGUAGCCCUGAUCACCCCCAAAUGAAGGUCUACUAGGUUGGAUGGAGCUCUGAGCAACCUGAUCUAGUGAGUGGUGUCCCUGUCAAUGCAGGGGAGUUGGAUCUGGAUGAUCUUUAAGGUCCCUUCCAACCCAAGCCAUUCUAUGAUUCUAUAAUCUAGCAGAGAAGCAGGUCCCUGUGAUUGUGCCCCCAUUUGGUACCACAAUGCCUUUGGUGACCAAACCCAAGUCCUCUCUUCCAGUGUGUGAUAGAAAGACUCAGAAAGGGAACAGGAUAACCCUGAAACCUGCUACUUGGCUUUGUGGUCUCCAGCAUAUGUUCUCUGCACCAGACAGAUGGCUGUGGGCUUUCCCUGGAGAGGGAGGGGUGGGAAAUGAGCCUGUUUUGUUCCAAGUAGAUACCAUGGUUCUGGGCAGUUGGCUGUGCACUGCUGGUUGAAAGCUGUCCCUGCUUUAUGCCAGGGAGCAGGCUUGGAGGAAGGUGGUGGUCCUGCACACAACUCAGCCUGAGGGCUGCCUGCCCUGGUAUCCUGCUCUCUGAGCUCCAGGCACAGAGCGGGGCUGCAGCUGUGGCUGCUGUCCCCAGUGUCACAGUGACAGUAGGGCAGGAUGUGUGACUGCCAUCUCCAGUGCUGGCCUGCAGCAGUGGGAAUGGUGGCAUUGGUGGUAAGGCAGAAACGCUUCCCAUGGAAUGGCAAGUGCAGACUGAAAUGUUUCUGUCCAAUAACUGCCCAGUGCCAGCAGCAGGGGACCAAGCCACUGCAGGGAGUGCCACAGCUCAGGGUGUCCCCAGUGGCAGUGCCUGAGUCCCACAGUGGCUGGUGGGAUUAUCAAGUGGGAGAAUAAAAACCCAAAGCUUUUCUGAUGUCAGACAUGCUGCUCAGGAACUGCCAACCAAUGUUGACAUCUUGUCUGUGCCCUGGAGCCCAAGCAAAGUGAGCUGCUGGCACAGUCUGGGAAAUACUGCUUAUACCAGUAGCUGUGACCCCAGGGACACCAACAUCGUCAAGAGGAGAGGAGCAAAGCACAGAGGUGGCUCUGGUCUCUUGUCCUGGGAGCACUGCUGCUACCUGGCUGGCUCGGGUCCAGGAGCUGGUGGGCCCUGAGUAUAGCAAACAGCCUGGCUGAUUGACUUUUCUUUGGGGGGGAGGGGCUGAGAAGAAAGUGUUGGUUUCCUGCUGUACUGUGUGAAUCUGCCCUUUACCAGGGGUGUGCUCAGGUAAGUGCAUCCAGGCAGAGGCUGUCUGGGGCACCAGGUUCCUCAGAGACGUCCUGGCUGCCUCUGCAGCGCGGGGUUUAUGCUGCCUGUCUGUGUGCC